GAAAUGAUCUGGUUACAUAGGUUGAAAUGCUGCAAAAAGGACUCAAAGAGCUUGGGAUUUUGAGAGGUGUUGGAAGCAGUUCCUACCAUAAGCUUAACCCAACUUCUAUAGGUCACUAUCUAGGGAUGGACAUCCAUGAUUGUUCAAUGGUCAGCUUUGACGGUCCUCUGAAGCCAGGUGUUGUAAUAACUAUUGAACCAGGAGUGUACAUCCCGUCUUCUUUUAAUGGUCCGGGGAGGUAUCGAGGCAUUGGGAUACGGAUUGAGGAUGAGGUUCUCAUCACAGAAACUGGUUAUGAGGUCCUAACAGCAUCAAUCCCAAAAGAAGUGAAGCAUAUUGAGUCCUUGCUAAACAAUUUCUGCCAUGGAAUGGGAACGCUGGACAGCCAAAACAACUGAAGAGGUUAAUCCAACUGAUAUAUUCCUUAUGCCAGCAGUUGCAGACAACAACCAGAACAGUGAAUCCUUGAGACGGGCAUGCCAUUGUUUGGAGCAGUAACUAAAUUUUUAUCCUUUAUUUUGGUCUCCUGCAUAUUUUUUCAACCUGUGAAACAUGUACUUUAUAAUCUUGACGAGGACAACGAGGUGGUCGAGGGUGGGGAUAUGUUAUUUAUGUUGUGUUAGUGUUAGGAUUUGGAUGAUAAAAGAUAAAUUAGAGAAAGAAAUGGAUAACCAUACAUUUUAUCUGAUUUGAUUGAAGAGCAAAAUAAGAAGAAAAUAGAAAAAAUAAUUAUUUUCUAUAUUUUCUUUGGUAUAAAUUUCAAAACUGUCUAUUCAUGCUUUCUAUCUUUGCAACUGAACGGAACUUAAAUAGAUUAUUGUUCCAUUUCCUUGAUGAUCCAAUUUAUGGCUCAUUCCUGUUCUGUUCUUUACUUCAUAGUUGUAAAUGAUUGAUGAUUGCGAUUUCAAGAAGUGACCGACUGCAGAUAAAUUGUUCAGUGCUGUUGGAAUGUAAACGGUUGAAAUGUGAAAAGGACAAUACUGAUAUUAUAUUAUUCUAUUUGA